UUGAUAUUUGGUCACUCUAACAUACUUUGUUCAGUUAGAAUUGAGGGUUAGCUACCGAUACAGCAAAAGUUUGGGCAUUUGCUUGAGAAAACACUGUACUCUGAAAGAGUGGCAGGUUACGCCAAAGUAAACAUUAGCUUGAUAUUUUAGCUAGGUUAGCUAGGCAGCUAAUUAAAAAAUAGUACUGAGUAGAGGAACAAGAGAUUAUAUUCUUAUACUAUUAAGUUAGCCACACUGUUACUUGAGUGACAUUUAAUCUUUGCUAAUGGCUUUGAAACCACAGAGGGAAAAAGAGUGAAAUGGAUAAGACAGGGACUUGCAACAAGAACCUUAACACCAUAAAGACAGAUCUCAGCUUGCUGCUUGAGUGUCUGAAAUUUCAGAUGAAAUGUCCUGAUUUACAGAAACAAGCUCUUCUCACCAUUCACUCAAUUUGUGAAAAGAGAGAGGAUAAUGUGGACCUGCUGAGAGAAAUGGGAGGCGUGGCAUUUGUGUAUAACCUCUCCAAAUCCAGUAUUGUUCAUUCAGAUGUUAAGGAGGCUGCACUCUUUACGCUUGGUACACUGGUAGAGGCCAAUGUGUAUUGCAAGAAUUCUCUGUGCAGAAAGGAGACAUUUGCAGACCUUGCUGGUUCAUUGAUGAAAGAUGACAUCCCACUGACACAGAAGAGAGUGUCUGUCUAUUUGCUGUCUGUGUUGGUAGCCAACAACAAAUUAGGACAGACUUUAGCCCAAACCACUGGCUGCCUGGAUAUUCUACUGGACCUCUUCAGGACCACUUUCCCCCUUUCUACAGAUGCUACUUCAGUUGUAGCUAAUGCUACGCAUACCUACCAACUCUGGACAUCUGUGUCUAAUGCUCUCUGUGGAUGUGUCAACAAUCCUCAGAAUGAAGAGGGUCAGCAUAUUUGUGUGGCAGCUUUUGCCAUCAUAAAAAUCUGGCUUCAGCAGAUUGCUCUCCAACGCAUAGAGAUUUUUCAAUCAAUAUGUUCCUUCAUAUCAAUGACAGUUUCCAACAACUCCUGUGUUCAGGAGAGUUUUUCUGCCUCAGGGGGUUUGGAAACUCUCACUCUUUCACUGGUUCGUCUUGCGUCUAUGGCAGAUGUGAGCUUGUCGUCUUACCAACUUUCUGUCACUAUAUCCAAGACCCUGUCAGCUUGUGUUACUGAUAACUCUGCUCUGGCUUCAGGUCUGGCUCAGUAUGGCAUAGUUUCCCAUCUCUUCUCCCUGCUGGCAAGCCCAUACCUGGACCAUGAGGACAGGCUCUCAGUUUUACUUACCCUGGGCCACUGCACUGAGGCCUCUGAGGAGCACCAGUCCCAGUUGGUGCAGUGUGGAGGACUGCCCCUUAUCAUAACUUUACUUGCAGAGGACACAAGUGAAGAGGUUAGGAAGACUGCGACAUUCAUAUUGCAGACCUGCAAACAGGCUACCAUGACCUUUGGAGUGCCUGAUCUGACAGCAAGACACGGGGAAGAUGAAAUCACUGAGUCCCUUACAAACAUGGAAAGCUUCAGGAGCUCAGCCAGGGAGUUGCUGCACAGGAUUGACCUGCUAGAAAAGAAACAGGCAAAGGAGGCUGAGGAGGACCAGGAAGAUAAAGACUUAUCAACUUCAGCUGAAGGACUAGUUUUACCAUCUCUGUCUCCUUACUUAACUCUACCUCUGCAGCAUAAGAAGAGCUUUAAAACCAUCCCCACAGCAUAUAGACAAACUAGCACUCACAGGCAUAUAGAAGCCGAGUGUGAGAACAGCAUUAAACUCCAAACUAUUAGAAAGGUGAUCAUGAAGGAAGAUGACAGUGAACUGAAGAACAUGGCUGAAAACAGCGGAAAGCCUGAGUGUUGUUCAGUAUGCAAGGGCUCCAGAUCCCUAAUAUCUUUUCAUGUACGGUCACUAGAGGGAGGCAGAGAGCCACAUACAGCAAACAGACAGUUGUUUAAGCCUCCAGCACCAGUGAGGCACAGCGUACCAAAAGAAAUUAAAUGUACUGAUGAAGAAGAGUUACUGGACCAGGAGAUGAAUAUGGUCGUGAAAAUCACAGCCAAGGAACAAUCACUUGCUCAUCCCCGGUGUGCAGGCUGUGUGUUGCCUUUUGAGAAAGUGACCAGCCGCACCUUUGCAUCCCUUCAAAGCUCCUGCCCUCACAGCUGUGAAAUGCACAAGGCUCUCCAGGCGGCCACAGAGCAAUUCAGAACUCGUCACUGCAGCCUUCUUAGGAGAGAGGACCAGGACAACACUGUUGAGCUGACAAGUCAGAACUCUAAGAGAGUGUCAGCAACAGAGCCACAAAGAGGCAAAGAAUACUGGAGCGAGGUCUCCCUGACUCCCAUAAGAAAAGGACAAGGGAAAUGCAAGAGGUCCCUGCCAGCACACCACUCGAAGGAACACAAUGGCAUCACUUUGACUCCACUGCACAGAGGAGCUAAAAAGGAGACAUUCACUUCCUAUAACAAAACUGCUACAGAGAGAAGAGGAGGGAAUAAAGGUGGACAGCAUGUUCUUGAUGAUGAGCAGAGGACUAGCACAGAUCACUGCUCUACUAGAAGGAAGAGGAAGGACUUUAGCCUUGAGGAGGUACGCUACCUACUGAGCGGAGUGAAGACAUUUGGCUUCUCUUGGAACUCCAUCUUGUGGUCAUAUCCCUUCCAACCUGGACGUACCAAUGUUGCCCUGGCAAAGAAAUACAGGCAGCUAAUGAGAGGGAAAACCCAGGAUGUUGCCUGUGCAUAAUCCUAGUCCUGAGAUCCUGGGCAGACCAUUAAUAUUGUCCCGCUGGAAAUCAACAGCUUUGAAAUAUCUAAGAUGCUUUCAUUCUAUCUUUUUCAAAACUUAUUAUUUAUUUAAAGCUCUACACACUCCAUGUUCUUGUACUCUUAGUAUUUAUUAGAUUUUUAGUACUUUGUAUAUUGUUGCACUGUUUUAAAAAAUAGUUUCUGCAGCAGUCGUUAGUGUUUUGACAGAUAUUGUUAAUUGUUUCUUUUUGUUAUAUAUUAAAACAAAAACAGGUUUUGAGUUCUUAACUUUAUCUGUCAGUAUCUCCUAUGAAAUACCUUGUUGUACUUGAUUCAUGCAAACAGACUUUCAGAAACUGAUUGAAA